ACACUCAAACAAAAAAACUAUCAAAGUUCCUCUUUUGGUACUAUUAAAGUUUCUUGAAAAUAUCUUUCUGAUCAUUCUCCUAUUUUUGUUUUUUCUCCAAUGGAACAAUUUGGAAGCAUUACUCACUUUCUUAAGGAUAAGAAUGUUUUGGUCCUCGGUGCCACCGGCUUCCUUGCAAAAAUAUUUAUAGAGAAGAUAUUGCGCGUUCAACCAAAUGUGAAAAAACUUUAUCUUCUUUUAAGAGCUUCAGAUGUUGAAUCUGCCACCAGAAGAAUGCAAAAUGAGAUUUUACGAAAGGACUUGUUCAGAUUGUUGAAGGAAAAUCUUGGUGCAAAGUUCAAUAGCUUUAUCACAGAAAAAUUGACUCUAGUGCCUGGGGAUAUUUCCCAAGAAGACUUCAAUUUGAAGGAUUCAAAUCUACUUAAAGAGUUAAAAGAUCAAACUAAUGUCAUUGUGAAUUUAGCUGCAACAACAAACUUUGAUGAAAGAUAUGAUGUUGCAUUGGGUUUAAAUACAUUUGGAGUUAAGCAUGUUUUAAACUUCGCCAAAAAUUGUAUUAACCUGAGGGUGCUUGUCCAUGUAUCCACAGCAUACGUAUGUGGGGAGAGAGGAGGACUCAUAGUAGAAGAUCCAUACCAAUUGGGUGCAUCACUAAAUGGAGUGGCAGGACUAGACAUUGAUGUGGAAAAGAAAAUUGUUGAAGAGAAAUUGAACAUGCUUCGACAAGAGGGAGCUACUGAAAAAGAUAUUAAAGUUAGCAUGAAGGAUUUGGGUAUGAAAAGAGCGAAUUUGUAUGGAUGGCCAAACACAUACGUCUUUACUAAGGCAAUGGGUGAAAUGCUUGUGGGGACUAUGAAGGAAAAGAUGUCAAUUGUGAUUGUGCGUCCUACAAUCAUUACCAGCACUUACAAAGAACCUUUCCCUGGGUGGGUCGAAGGAGUAAGAACCAUAGACAGUUUAAUUGUUGCUUAUGGUAAAGGAAAAUUAACAUGCUUCCUUGCAGACCUUGAGGCAGUAUUUGAUGUGAUUCCUGCUGACAUGGUGGUGAAUGCAAUGUUGGUGGCUAUGGCGAGUCAUGCAAAUCAACCUUGUGAUAGCAUAUAUCAUGUGGGUUCUUCUGUUGGGAAUCCAGUUAGAUAUCUGAAUCUCAGAGAUUUUAGCUUCAGAUAUUUUACUGCAAAACCAUGUUUAGACAAAGAAGGAAAAGCCAUCAAAGUUGGCAAAGUUACUGUAUUGGAAAAUAUGAAUAGCUUCCAAAGAUAUAUGUACAUUCGUUACUUGCUUCCAUUACAGGGGCUAAAGCUAGUGAAUGAAGCUUUCUGUCACUAUUUUCAGGGCAUGUAUUUCGAUAUCCAUAGGAGAGUCCAUACUGUGAUGCGCUUGGUUGACCUUUACCGACCCUAUUGUUUCUUUGCUGGCGUAUUUGAUAAUAUGAAUGCAGAGAAGUUGCAAAUAGCAGCAAAACAAAGUGGAGUAGAGAUGGAUUUGUUUUACUUUGAUCCAAAAAUGAUUGACUGGGAAGACUACUUCAUGAAUAUCCACAUUCCCGGCAUUGUCAAAUAUUCCUUCAAGUGAAACUAUAAUCUAAAGUUUGUACUAUAUGAUUUUUAGCUUUUAUAUUUCAAAACUUGAAACUCGAUGGAGUUCAAAGUUAUGCCAGCGAGGUUAAUAUUAUUGGUGGUGUAUUAAUAUGUUUUGAGUUUAUUACGUGUGGGAAAUAUUUGAAGUUUGUUUUUAUCAAA